AUGGAUGUUAUUAAACGUGCUUCCGAAGUAUACAAAGCAAAUAAUGAAGGCAAUCCACCAGUUAUCGUCUAUGACAAUUGGCGAAAUGUGGAUCUGAAAACCGUUGCAAAUAAGGACAUUCCUUCAAAGUCAUCAAACAAAAUCUUAAUGGAAGCUGAAAACGAAUUGAGAACUGCGAGACUCCUUGAAACUCAAAACUAUCAUAUUGUAGGGAAAAGAGAUCAAAGCUUUGUUGGAUGCCAAUGA